AUGCCCACCUUCGCCUACUGGCGCCGCGACCAACGCCGUUCUGCGCUGCCACCCGGGCCCCCUCCGCUCGUCCCGCCAACAUUCUCGAAAGGAGGAAAUGAGAGCCCUGUCGGCAGUCCUCAACAGCUCCCCGCGCUCCCAGAGACGCCUAUACUCACCAGGACAUUGGACGAUGCCCCCUUCAUUGACGUCCCCCCACCUCCAACGAGCGACUCGCCCCUCGAGACCGACACUGCUAAGCUAGACAUCACAACAUCCACAGCCGCGCUCUCCUCGUCAUUCAGUCUUGCUGCUCCGUCUCCAUUCACAGAAACAGAAAACCGUCCCCAUUCGAGUCCCGGCCCCGGGGAGCGCGAUCGAGAACCGGCCCUUAUCUCACAAUCCAACCAUUCCCAACUGUCCAUCCCGAGCCCAAGUCCACAGCAAGACCAGGCCACCGAGGGAGAGCCGAAUUCUAAGCCCACCUCACCUUUUCGUAGGUCUUUCGUUGGCGGGAAGGGAUUACGCACACUGCAGGCUCAGCCUGUGGACACACAAAAACGGUCGCCCACUGCAGUGGUGGGUAAUACGGGUCCUUUCCGUUUCAGGGCUUCACCUGACGAGUCAUCUCCGGAUAAACAAAACAUGCAAAAGGAGUUUAAAGCAGAGGGGGCGUCCGGCAAGGCAAUGCUUCAUCUGCUGAACCCCAUGUCUCUUCUUGCUCGCCGGAGAUCUUCUCAGGUGCCCGGCUCGCGGACCGACGAUGCGAAUAUCGGGGCACAGAAUUUGGUUCCUGCGAUUCCGGACGACUAUGACCCGCGGAUUCGAGGUAAUAUCGUACAUGACUUCUCUGCUCCUCGCCCACGGCGGAACCUAUCAGGUCCAGAUGCAAACACUCAGAGUGCACAUGAACCAUCUCCGUCACAGUCGGGAGGACCAGAUCCAAAAUCUCCAUGGAGUGAGCAUCAAAAGAGAUUGAGUGAUCACUCGCCAGUUUUCAAAGAACAUUUUGAAGAUGACCAGAAUAUGCUACAAGUCGAGAACAAGGGCUAUCUGCAGUCUACAUUAUUGACGAACCAAUCUCAGCCUGGUUACGAGAAGUCGAUACCUGUUUUUGCGAGGAAGCUUCCGUCCCAACUCCCAGACCAAAACCAAGACUCCGCCAGGUACACUGAUCUAGAGCCUGGACCGGAUCCACCGAAGAAAACAAGCCCUCCUUUGACGGACCCUCGGGAUCAAGAUCAAGACACUAUCCCACAUGUCCCUCCACAGCCCUCAGGUCUGCCAAAACAUCUCAAGAGCAAUGCCUCUCGCUUCAGUUUCGACAUGAGCGGCGUGGAGUCCUCUGUACAGGAAAAGCUUCUGGAAGAAAAACAUAAGGAGAAAGCGGCCGCACGCAGAUUGGAACAGAGCUUUUUUGAUGACUUUGACGACGAAUAUGACAACGAAAUCUUGGAUGAUGUCGAUGGUCUCGAGGAGAAGAUCCCCGGUGUCAAUGCGGAUGCCGACGAUGAUGAUUACAAUACGCUCUCGGUUUCUCGUGAUGUCAAUGGGGAGACCUUGAACUUGGAGGAUGACGACGACGAUCUCUAUUUCGAUGAUGGUGAUUUUGGGGACCUCACUCUUACGGGAGAUGAUGAAAACAAGGUGGACGAGUCCAUCUUCGACGACGAAUCGAGCCACCUCUUUGCUCCAAACCCUGCUGGCGAGCAUGUCGUUCCCAUUCCUUCUACGGAUGGCGAACAACUCCGCCGCAAUGACUCAGUCGCGAAAGAGAGCACCCUGGAAGAGGAUGGCAACCCAGGCCUCAAGCACAUGCCUAGUGUGGCCAGUGACUACCGGUUUGCGGCUUCGGUCAAGCGCGGACCCUUGGGCGAGCCGAUCCCCAACAUGGGUCCUACACGAGGUCACGGUGGCGUGUUGACAGAGCAAAACCUCGAAGUGCUACAUCAUGCACUGGCGUUCGCAGCCAACGAAGCAGCCACUAAAAGUCGGGUUGAACGCACCUUUAGUGUCAGUGAGAAGUCUAUUGGACGAGACAGCGUCUCUGGCGCCUCGCAAACAGGCGAGCCGGGCCUGGUGUCAGACGACAGCCGUCUGAGCCAGGCAGCCGAUAUCAUGACCUACGAGGACGCCUUCGAAGAUAUGAUCUACGACGACGAUGCGCUGUACGAUGAUCCGAUCGUCGCGGCCGCCAACGCCGAAGCACUGGAAAACGACGACGAGGGGUUCUACGGCCAGGAAUUCGGGUUCUACGCCCAAGCGCACGGCAGCUGUGACUCUGACUCCGAGCUCACCAACGGCGGAUACUUUGGCCCGCGUGGCGUGGAUGGCAUCUCGCGCAGCCACAGCGGCCGCGGCAAAUUCCAAGAACCCAGUCUGACGCCUAUCACGGAGCGCAGCGAAUGGAGUACGCGCAACUCGAUGAUCUCGCUGAAAGCCCACGGCGCGGGGCACUCCAACGCCUCUCUGGCCAGUCCUGGCUUGGCGCAGCUCGUGGACAUGGGCAAUCUCGACGACGAGAUGUCGCUGACCGCCCUCAUGAAACUGCGUCGCGGUGCCUGGGGUGGUAGCAAUGGUAGUCUACGCAGCAGUGCCGGUAGUCCGCCGCAUACCCUGACGUCCUCGAAUCGGGGCAGCUUCGCUGCUGCUUCUGAAGCCAGUCCGACGGUCUCGGACGUGCGGCCAUUUAGUACAGAUGAGGGUCUGUCUGCUGGUGGUCACACUGGCGAGAGACCAUCCACCGAGGCCUUUUAA